CUUGGGCUCUCGUAAUUUACCAAUCACCAGUUACACACAUCUUGCGUUUCUUUCUGUUAUUUAUUUAUAUACCAUCAUCAUCAUUCCAUCUUCUUCUUCCUUCGCCUUCCCUUUCAGUUUACUUUUGUUACACCCCUUUCUCUUCUCCUGAAAACUUGUGAUUAGCGGUUUCAAUGGCGGAAUAUACGCCUCUUCCUCUUCACAACGAUAUCGAACAGCCUCCGUCCUUACAACCACCACCUGCACCUCCUCCGAUGAACGUCGCCGGAAAAUCUAAAACCACCCGCGUCGCUUCUAUCGACGUUUUUCGUGGUCUUUGCGUUUUCUUGAUGAUGUUGGUUGAUUAUGGAGGAUCAAUAUAUCCGUCAAUAGCACACGCGCCUUGGAAUGGAUUGAAUCUCGCUGAUCUUGUUAUGCCUUUCUUUUUAUUUAUCGCCGGACUUUCUCUUGCCAUUGCUUACAAGAAAGUCGGUGACAAAAUGGAUGCAACAAAGAAGGCAAUCUCUAGAGCUGCCAAAUUAUUUGUUUUAGGUGUUUUUUUGCAAGGUGGAUAUCUACAUGGGGCCAAGUCAUUGACGUAUGGUGUUGAUAUAUUAAGAAUAAGGUGGAUGGGCAUUUUGCAGCGGAUAUCCAUCGCAUACUUAGUUGCUGCUUUAUGUGAGAUUUGGCUUCCAUGUCAAAAACGGAAGAAGUUCAGCAUUAUAAGAAGCUACUUUUGGCAGUGGUGUCUUGCUUUGCUUUUGUCCUCUAUAUAUAUUGGACUUCUGUAUGGCUUACAUGUUCCUGAUUGGGAAAUCAAUAUGUCAAACUCGGGUUUAUCUUUGCCUGCAGCAAAUGGUACCAAUAUCUACAAGGUGAAAUGUGGAACUAGAGGUAACAUUAGUCCUGCCUGCAAUUCAGCUGGAAUGAUUGACCGGUAUAUUCUAGGUGUCGAUCACCUGUAUAUGAAGCCUGCUUAUAAAAACCUGAAGGUAUGUAAUAAAUCUAAGGAUGGACUGAUGCCCGAGGAUUCUCCUUCAUGGUGCCAUGCUCCUUUUGAUCCAGAAGGAAUUUUAGGCUCUCUAACUGCUGCCGUGAUCUGCAUUAUUGGACUUCAGUUUGGUCACAUUCUCGUACAAAAAGAGGAUCACAAGGAGCGACUGCACAGAUGGUCCUUACUUUCACUUUUCACUUUUAUUCUUGGAUUGUAUCUCACAUUCACAGGAGUCCCCUUGAAUAAAUCACUGUUUACAGUCAGUUAUGUACUUGUAACUUCAGCUAUUGCAGGCUUCAUAUUUUGCACAUUUUAUUUAUUGGUAGAUGUGUGGGGAUACAGGUGGCUUACUGUUGCAUUGGAGUGGAUGGGAGUUCAUGCCUUGAGCAUUUUUGUUUUGUUAACUUCAAAUUUAGCUAUUAUUGUGCUCCAAGGUUUCUAUUGGAGAACACCUGAUAAUAAUCUUAUUCGCUUGGUGAUAAACUGCUUCGUCUCACAAUGAUGUUUAUUCUACCGAGUCGCUUCCUCGCUCUUCAUGGUGCUGACGUAUACAUUCUGCACAAAGAUAAGGAAGGAUGGAAUGGCGAUCAAUUGAAAUUGAUCCUCUUAUUAGAGGCUUACAAAUAAUUCUUUGAAGCUUCGUAUGGUACCAUUUUCACUUGUGAGCUAUAUUGCCACAGUAAAACCCAAAAAAGCUGUUUCAGCUCUGGUGAUCCAAAACAGGGUCUUGUUUCCUGGUCAUUGGAUCAUUGGCAUGAAGAUCCCUCAUGACAAUUUUGUGGUUUCCGGAGAAAGAAUUAGCUUAAGUGUUUGCUUGUAUUAGGGGUUAAUAUUUAUGGAUAAUAGUUUUACAGCAAGAGGUCCAUCAAUACAAGCAUGAUCUAAAGGCGAAUAGUUUUACAGCAGGUCUAUCAAUGCCAACCUAGUUAUGCUAACCGCGGACUUAUGACGGAUGAGAUAUUGUUCGUACAUAAUAAUUACACGAUAAUUAAUAGAUCUGUAUAUAAUCAUUACUUCUAUUGUUAACGAUUAUUAUUUAUUCUUAUUAUUAUUGAACUACAUUUUAACAUACUCCUAUUUAGGUUAUUCCUCAGUUUUGGUUGUAAUGGAUUCUAUAAUUAAUUCUUCUAUAGAAUUCUAAGUUCAUUUAAAUGUUA